AUGGCCUUGGAAUUGCCUCUCUGCAAACUUUCGCUCACUGACCUUUCUCCUGCAGUGGGAGCAGGAAACUAUGGGGAAGUGCAUCCAGUGGAUUUGGAUUACUUGACCGGUGCCGCUUGUAACGAGGCACUGGCUUUAUUGAUGCCUACAGCAACUGGAAGCUCAGCAGGGGAAGCGGAUGUCAAGUUUGCGGUAAAGAUUUUCAGAGAAAGCUCAUUGACUGACCUGAUGGGAGCUGAGCACGAACUCCGCGGAAUAACAAAGUCUACGUGGUUUAAACUACUGCGAGCAGUCAAACGGAUACGGUACGACGCUGCUCACAUACUUGUGCGCCAGCUUAGUUCUGCUAAGGCCGCAACCCCUGCGAACUUUGCCCGAGCAGUCACAUCAUAUCUUAAUUUCCUCUGCUAUCUUUUAGCCCAGCAACUAGACCUCAAGGAUGCGUUGAAUCUUUCCGUUCUGAAAGAGAUACUUCAGAGCCCACGGGAACUGGAUACUUUGAAGUUCCUCCAACAAGCCAAAAAUUUGAGAGCUAGCGACUUCCUGAGGCAUAUAAAAACGAUGCGAAAGGCCGCUAGUGCAAAAUCUUUUCUCGAUGAGUUGGAAAAGGUCGGGCAAGCAUUUAUACAAAUCGAAAAGGCCUUGCAAAAAAUCGACCUCACUGUUUGGGCAGCCAUCCAAGAUUCCCCAGCACGGGACCGAGUGUCCCAUUAUUCUGCCAUGGGGAGAUCUAAUUUUAGUUGGGCACUGCCCCUUGGGCGUGUCCUUGCCAAGGACCAAGAUGGCCAGUUGUACUGGGGCUUUCUUAUGGAAUUAUUUGACGGAGAUAUGAAGGUGUGCUGCUUGGGUCAAGGUGUGCAUGUGCCCAUACAGCCUACAGCCAACACUAAACGCGAAGGCUUCUACAUGGAUGGUUGGGUCAUUAGCGAUCACAAUAAUGCACUUAAGAAGCUGUUGGAAGACAAGCACUCCCUCCUAGCUGUCUCCUCGGGGCUCCUGCAGCCUUUUGUAUUCAUGCACAAUUUCUUCGGCCUCGGACACUUGGACAUUAAGCCCGCCAAUCUACUCUUCUCCAUAAACAGGCAAGUAGAUCCUCGGUCCCCACCACGAUUAGCAGCAGGAGACUUCGGGAUGGCAGCACCCUUGGGGCAACCUAUUUCAAUUCAAGGCACACUUGCGUUUAUGCCUCCUGAACUAGAAACCCCCAAAAGGCACUUCCCUCUUGCAUCUUCUUAUUUACGGGUGGCCAUGCCGGAUAGUGAUGUAUACGCCCUGGGCCUCACCCUCUCGUACUUCUGGGGUGUUUCCACGCAACUCCCUUCCUUGUUUCCCUGGAUAGAGCGGUGCAUCGUGCCCAACCUAUCAGCUGGCGCAAAGUUUUCUUUCGGAACACUGGCCAGCCCAUCUCCUCCUCAGCUGUAUACUCCGGAGCUUCGGGCACACCUAAAGCAAUGCAUGCAACCUGGAGGGAAAAUAGAGAAGCUCUACAUUUCCCCAAUGCCUCUUCUUGUUAAAACAAAAAUUGCGCAAAUGACGGAAGUCAAUGCCAUGGUCCGUAUUUCUAUGAGCAACGCCUACGCAUACUUAUCUGUCGCUGGGGCUUUAGAAGAGGUACGGCUGGGCUCUAAAGAAGGUUCUAGAAUGCUAGGAGAGGCAAAAGCCACAGUUAUUUUCCCGCUGGCAUUACAAAGGUCUCAGCUUAUCGCCGUGAACGCUGAAGGGCCAGAGAGGCAACAUGAGGCAACUAAAGUCCUUAGAGCACUCCAAGACCUGGCAUGUGCACCACUAUCCAGAACGUUAAAGCUCAAUGUCCACCACUUGUUUCUUGUGUGGUAUGUAGCUGCCUAUAGCCCAAUAGAGGAGGCUGUUGGGGCAUCGAUAGGCCCACUAAGUCUCGAGACGGUCCUGCCUCUUAAAAGGCUUCCAGCGGCAACUGCACACGAGAUUGAAACAGUAAAGCAGCAGCUAGCGGCAGAUCUUAACUGGCCCAGCCUUCAACAGCAGAACGGAGCGGAUGAGAAGAUACGCGAUCUUGUUGAUGCUGUGUUUGGCGUAUGCAUGGAAGGCCUGGAUUUACUUAUCCAACAGGAGAUCGUCGCCAGGAAAAUGGCUGCCGCCAGCAUUGCCGUGGCCAAAGCUACUCAACUGUACGUUCACACUGAAAUAUUUGCCUCGUAUGUGUCUUGGGCUUCUGUGGACCGUCUUUCCCGAGUGGCCCUCCGCCGUUGUGUCUCGUCCCUUCCUGUCGCGUCCACUAUACACAUGAAGCAGGCAAGCGGAGCGAAGGUGUCGGAGGAGGAAUUGUCGCUCCUGCAGGACUGCAUUUGGAAUCACCUGGAAGCAGCAACAAGGGAAACACAUUACGGUCUCCCUUGGGGGGUCGCCCGAGCCCGUAAUGACUUCGGGUUUACGGAAGCUAAAGUAACUGAGAUAAUCAUAAAUUCAAUGAUCAACAACAUCAGCCAAACUGCAUGGACAACGGAAAAUGCGAAAAAACUGCUGCAACUGCAAGUCGCCCGCGCGAUUUACCGUUUGCCAUAUGGUUCCUUACCUAAAGGCACCGAUUACAUGGGUAUAUUUGAAGCUGUAAUGCUAGAGAUGAGCAGAGAUCGCUUCGUCCCCAUACCGUUCCUCAACUGGGAAGCCCGGGAAGAAUAUACUGAGGCACUUUACGGCCUCACCCUAAAGCAAUUCCGGGAGGCAGUGACGCUUUUCGCAACUAAAGAGGAACUACAUUUGAAGGCUGUGGACACCCUCCGGUGGCUCACCACCGAACAAAAAAUGGCGUUGACCGCCAGCAGCCUCAGCAAGUUGCUUCCUGAAGCCCUUCGGGAACCCCGGCGAUUUUCUCCGAGUGAAGCAGAUGGGAAGAGCGCUUUUGAGGAACUGCUUAAUCAGGCUUUAACCAAGGCUCGGGAAGUGAUUGCUUUGAUUCGUAGGCUUACUUAUCCUGCUAAAGACGCGCUGAAUGAAUUGGUGGGUGAACUCGCAACACUAAACUCUUGUGCCACAACCAAACACCCACCAGGUACGCUUAUAGCUGUUGCUGUGGUAGGCAACAUUGCAGAAAACUACAUAUCCUCGUCUGCUGGUUAUGCAGACUGCUUCCCUUACACGCUGCUGUGCGUUACGUGCAGCAGCCUGGCCCCCGGGUGCAGGCUUUACACUGCUGUUUUGACGCGACCGAACACCUCAGGAGGUUUCGAUACUGUGGAUGAAGAAGAGUUGCUCGUUAGCCCGGAUGAACAGCACACCAAAUAUAGGGUCCUUGCAGUACCUCCAAAAACAGGAACUGGCACUCCACACACAGUACAGCUUCACGCCUUGCAUUAA